AAAAAGGAAAGUGUUAUAGAAAACUAAUUUAGACUUUGGAGGCUCACAAUCCUUCUUCAAACAAUCUCGCAGAAACACACCAAACCCUAGCUGUGUCAAGACCCCAUGGAGAGGCAGGCUGGACCAUUAACGUUCUUGAAUCAGUUCAGACGCAAACCACUCCCUCUACUGUUUAUCAGUUUUAGGGGGGAGGAAUUACGGAACAGCUUUGUCAGCCAUGUGGUGAGGGCCUUAAAAGAGGCAGGGUUCAACGUUUUCAUAGAUAGCCAUGAGGUGAGAGGGAGAGACAUCCGAUUCCUCUUAAGGAGGAUUGAAAACUCAAAGGUGGCACUUGUGAUCUUCUCUGAAAGGUUUGCAGAAUCAGAGUGGUGCUUGCGCGAGGUGACGAAGAUAGCUGAGCAAGUAAGGGCAGGGUGUCUCGUAGCGAUCCCUGUCUUCUAUAGGGUGAGCACAAAUGACGUGAAAAUGCUCCAGGGAAAAUUUGGUGACUGUUUUGUCGAAACUUUGGAGAAAAGAGUGGGCGUGGAUCAUCCGUUAGGUCCCCGUUGGAUGAACUCCGUUAUGUUCAUUGCGGGUAUGAUCGGCUUCACCUCAGAAGUUCAUAGUAUUGAUGACGAUCUUGUGGAGGAGAUUGUUAAGGCAAUAAAGAGACAGCUACCAUAUCAGUCACCAGCAAGCAAAGCACUUGAGCGAGAGUUUACAAGAGAGCUUCUUUCUGCUUUAAUUGUUUCUUGCAUCUGUUAUUAUCUAAUACCUUCUCUUUUCACUGAUUUGAAUUUCUUUGCCAGCCCAAAGUGGUUUUUACUUGUCCUGAUGUUGUUUGUCAUCAGGAAGAUUAUCUUCUACUUGGAGAGCUGAUAUCCAAAAAGCAUAAAAUUAAACAGUCCCGAGUACUCAAUAUCUCUUCCUCUCUAUGUGUGUUUGCUUUAGUCUCUCUCUGCUUUUAUGUUCCAUAUGCAUCG